AUUAAACACUCUCUCCGUUGUCAAACUCUGUCUCAGUUACUCUUUGUAGAAUCAAUCUCUCUCUCUAUCUCAAAUGGCUGAACGAGUCCACCCCGCGGAUUCACCACCUCAGAGCGGUCAGUUCUCCGGCAAUUUCAGCUCCGGAGAGUUCCCGAGAAAACCAGCUCCUCCCCCCGCGACCUACGUGAUCCAAGUCCCCAAGGAUCAGAUCUACCGCGUCCCUCCGCCGGAGAACGCCCACCGUCUGCAGCUCCUCUCCCGGAAAAAAGCCAGCCGCAGCAGCAGCUGCAGGCGCUGUUUCUGCUACUUCCUCGCCGCGAUCGUCAUCCUCGUCGUCCUCGCCGUAAUCUCCGGAGGCGUUCUCUACCUCGUCUUCCGUCCCGAGCAUCCGAAUUACUCCGUCGAAGGAUUCUCCGUCUCGGGGAUCAACCUGACGUCCACGUCUCCGAUCUCUCCCAAGUUCGACGUCACCGUCAGGUCGCGCAACGGCAACGGGAGAAUCGGGAUCUACUACGAGAAAGGGAGCGCGGUGGAUGUUUUCUACGGAGACGUCGAUCUCUGUAACGGCGUUUUGCCGGUGUUUUAUCAGCCUGCGAAUAAUGUGACGGUGGUUAGGACGGCGUUAAGUGGAACGAGGAUUCAGUUGACUAAGGGGGUGAGGAAGGGGAUGCGUGAUGAGGUGAGUAAGAAAACGGUGCCGUUUAAGCUGAGGAUCAAAGCGCCUGUGAGGAUUAAGGUUGGUUCGGUUAAGACGUGGACGUUAACCGUUAAAAUUAACUGCGAUGUUACGGUGGAUAAGUUGACGGCUCCGUCGAGGAUUGUGUCGAGAACGUGCAGCCAUAAAGUGAAGCUUUGGUGAUUUUUCAUAAUUUUUAUCCAAAAAUUGCAAAUGACAAAAAAAGAAGAAGAGUACAGAGACUGUUUUGGAUUAUAGGAUUUUUACUGAAUGUUUUUGGUUAUUGAUUGCGUUUUAAUGUUCUUUUUUAUACAAAUCAUACAUUGUGAAGUUGUGUUUGCAAAUGAGGAAAUUUCCAAUUUGAACUUAUUUAAUA